GAGUAAUAGACGAUCUCCAUAUAUAUAUAUAGAGAGAGAGAAAGAAAGAGAGUGUGUGAGAUAGAGAGAGAAAGAGAAGAGAGAGAGGAGUAGGAUUAGGAAAGAUCAAUGGCGGAAGAAGAUAGUACUACGACGGAAGCGACACUUGAAAGGACGCCGACUUGGGCAGUGGCAACAGUUUGCUUUGUUUUGAUUUUAGUCUCUAUUAUCAUUGAGCAUCUGCUUCAUCGCUUAGCCAAGUUUCUAAACAAAAGACGGAAGAAAUCUCUACUUGAAGCUCUUGAUAAGAUCAAAUCAGAGCUGAUGCUGUUGGGGUUCGUAUCAUUGUUUCUAACAAUUAGCGAAAAGACAAUUGCAAACAUAUGUAUACCCGAAAGUGUUGGCCACACAUUUCUUCCUUGUGGUACCCAAAUGUCCACCGACGUAGAGGAGGAAGCUAAGUGCGCCCAACAGGAUAAGGUUUCUCUGCUAUCGAGAAAUGGUGUAAGGCAGCUUCAGUACCUGAUCUUUGUGUUGGCCGUUUCCCAUGUCUUCUCUUGCGUUCUUACCUUCGGUUUUGGCAUUGCCAAGAUGAUGAGGUGGGAGGCAUGGGAGGCAGAAACCAGAACAUUGGACUAUCAAUUUUCUAAUGAUCCACGAAGGUUUAAGCUAAUCCAUCAAACAUCAUUUGGGAAGAGGCAUUUGCACUAUUGGAGCCAACAUCGAAUUCUGCGGUGGCCGAUCUGCUUUCUUAGACAAUUCUAUAAAUCUGUAUCAAAGGUGGAUUAUUUGACUCUAAGACAUGGAUUCAUAAUGGCACAUUUUGAUGAAGGAACCAACUUUGAUUUCCAAAAAUAUAUAAGAAGGGCUUUGGAGAAUGACUUUCGCGUGGUUGUGGGGAUAAAUUGGUGGAUCUGGAUUUUUUCUGUACUCUUUUUGUUCUUCAACGCACAUAGCUUUCACAAUCAUCUAUGGCUUCCUAUUAUUCCAUUAGUGAUGCUAUUAAUAGUGGGAACGAAUCUACAAAGCAUCAUAACUAAGAUGAGCUUGGACGGCCAUGAUAAAUCUGAAGUCGUAAGAGGCACUUUUCUAGUGAGGCCUAGUGACCAUUUCUUCUGGUUGGGCCGACCCAGAUUGCUUCUCCAUCUUAUGCACUUCAUCUUGUUCCAGAAUUCUUUCCAACUGGCGUUCUUUGCAUGGACUUGGUACAAAUUUGGGUUGAGGUCAUGCUUCCAUAAAGAAACUGAAAACAUUGUGAUAAAGCUGGCAAUGGGAUUAUCAAUUCAAAUACUAUGUGGCUAUGUGACAUUACCUCUAUAUGCUCUUGUCACACAGAUGGGAUCGUCAAUGAGGACAGCUGUAUUCACAGAGUUUGUUGUGAAAGGAUUAAAGAAAUGGAAAGGAAGGGCAAAAAAAAAUCUAGGAACAAGGAAUACCAAAUGGCAUAUGCAUAGUCCCCCAAAGUCACUAGAAGCUAAUAAUAAUUCUCAAGAUAUUUUCUCAAUGGAUACAUCACUUUCUUUUAGUACCCUUGAUCAUGCCUCAUUCUCUAUUGAUGUGGAUGAUUCUAUUGCUGGUGAAAUUAUGAGUGAGGACAACUUGAGACCCAUAAAUGAAAAUGUAUCCCAGAAUAAUGAUAAUGAUGAUGAUGAUGGCGACGAUGAUGAUGAUGAUUAUGACCGAAAGAAGAUUAGCUCCUUUGAUGGGUUUCGCUCCUACACCGAUACAAGGUUGUAAAUUUUUCAUUUAAUAUUUUACAUGUACAUUUGUUAUUAUUGAUUGUGAUUAAAUUAUUACUUUCAUUUCUUAUGUGUUUUGAACCUCGAUUUAUAUAAUCUCAUGCACAUCACUCAUGAUGACCGUCGUGCGAAUAUGUAGUGGUGUUUUGUAAUUAGUAGCCACCUCUACCAUUAUCCUGGCUUCAUAAUUUUCUAUAUCCUAUGAAUGGGAUUGCAUUUUAUAUUGUC